GUGUGAAAGUUAACUGGUUAAGUAGCUACACUUACGUCGUAUUUUUGAGAAUUUUGUAUGCGCCCGACGGGCACCUGUAGUUUCGCCAUUUCCUCCAUACACAGGAAGUGUGAGGUGGCUGGGUAACGCUAUCAAAAUGUCUGCCAUAUUCAAUUUCCAGAGUUUACUCACUGUUAUCUUGCUGCUUAUCUGCACAUGUGCAUACAUAAGAGCCCUAGCACCAAGUCUGCUUGAUAAGAACAAAACAGGGUUUCUUGGGAUAUUCUGGAAAUGUGCAAGAAUAGGUGAACGGAAAAGUCCUUAUGUGGCCUGUUGCUGUAUCAUCAUGGCUGUCACCAUUUUAUUUUCACAGUAGCUGCAGUCUAAAUAAAAAAAGUCUCCACACCAGCACAUUUGUAACUUGUCAGUUGUUUUUAGAUUGACUGUCCUCUUUAGCACAAUAUUUGUGCAAGUUCAUAUAAAAUGCAUGUUCCCCUGCUACCAUGGUAAAAAGAAAAAAAAAGAAAGUGAUUCAUUAAUGUUUAUACCUAAUUGCUAAUGUGGAAUGUGUGGAAUUUUAUGAAGAUGUUCAUGUGCCUCUCACUGUUCUGGUAAAUGUGCUCUUGUUCAGCUCUAUCACACACAGUAAAUAUUAUUACAAAACCAAAAUCUACUCAUCUGAAACUUAGAAGUGAAGAAAUAAUCAGUGUUGUUUCCGGGAAUUGAAUAUUGAUUAAAAGUUUGUUUCAUGGUGAGUGUGAAAAAAGAAUAUGUGUAGAAAGAAAAAAUAAAUUCUGCCAUCCUU